UAGCGCACAUAUCUCAUUUCUAGACAUUUUUUGCAAUAUUACAUUCAUUGAUGUAUAUAAUUAGUUCAAUCAACAAUGUCUUUUCUGCAUUAAAGAUUGUAUAAGACAGAGUUAUAUCAGCAAUGACCAUUGAAUUCUUCAUCAACUUCCUUAUUGACAUACUCAUAUUUCCUCCAUAUCGUUCGAUUUAGACAUUUUCUUAUGGAAAAGUUUAUAAAAGUACUUGACAAUCUGACCCUGUGAUUGGAGUUUUCAUCUUUGCUAUAUAUGAUGAAUAAUAUAUAAAAUAUAUAUUGCUAUACAUUUAGAAAGAGCUGAACAUGAAAUUUUUUGAAUAGUAAUUGCCUGUUACUAUAUGUGAAAAAUAAUUUAUUUAAAGCCAUAAUUUUAGGUAACUUUUUUGGUUUACCUGUCUGAUUUGGGACAAGUGUUUACAUUGAAAAUUGUAUUGUUGACUGGUCUGCGUAGAUUUAUUUUGAAUGUUCUAUAACUUUUUUUUUUUCGUGCAAAUUUACUUUAAACCAAAGAUGCGGCCGAUCAUAUACAGAGAUAUAGUUUAUUUCUAUGAGGUACAUGCGUAUGUUCGAAUUUAUAUAAGAUUUUGACUUGCUAUAAUUUUGUUUGCAAAGUUAUACUGUUAGACUGUACUACUUAAAAACUAUUUUUUAAUAGUUAAAUUGUAUUAUUGUAUGGAAGUUUUGUCUCACUCAUUUAUUGUUUAUAUACCGUAUAAUAUACUCGCCUAUGCACCACCUUGUAGGUUGUAACUAAUAGGCACUAUUAGUUUUGUGUUGAAAAAGUUUAUUUAGAGUUGGCUCGCACAUAAGUCGCACUGAAAUCUGGGAUUUAAAAGGCCCUUACCCUAGCUUUUUUGCAUAGGUAACUUCCUAUUUUUUUUUUUUUGUAGAGCUAAUAUAAUCAAAAUAUGUCAAUGACAACUAUGAGCGAUGAUAAUAAGUGCAUAUACGCAAGUGCAGACCAUACAUACGAUUUUCAUGGAUAACCAACUCGCCGGCCACUCGCCGACGAUAAAAAACUUACGGUAUAUUCUCGAAAAUAAUCCGAGUUUAAAACUUCAAAAAAGAAAGUUGCCAAAAUAAGGGACCGGCUUAUAAGCGCAUAACUCUAAUGAGCUUGAACUAAUUGAGAUUCCAUAAAUUAAUACGGCAAACUCAAACUUACGAUACUAUCAUUAACGACGUCUGGCUCACGGAUAACAUCCGCGAUAGAUACUAAAUAAUAUUUAAGACCUGUUACUACAGGUAUAUUUUAGAGCUGAUAUGCGCUCAUAAUUUUAUAUGGUUAGAACCAGGUCAUGUUUCAGGUAGAUAAUACUACUACAGCAUUAAUUCUAAACAAUGAAACUGUAAUUUCAAUCAUUUUGAACAACCAUUUAACUGAAAGGUUGAAAUAACAUAUAAAUAUGGUGUGAUAAAUACUGCGCUGUAUGUCCAUGGGUUAGACAACAGCUGUGUUUUCCGUUUUUUCCUGAAUCAUUAAAAGGGAAGGGUCGUAAAUCAAUCACUUUAUCUCUUGGUAGCCGUUUUCUUUCUGAAGUGCGAUAUCAGGCAGGAAGUGCAUUUUUGUUUCGAAGGAUUGAGACAAAUAACAGCUGGUAUACAAAGUCAAUUAAAUAAUCGGCAUAAAUUGUAAAAUAUAUCAGCCCAUAUAUAUGAAGCUUACACAAAUCAUGUUUGAGAAGACUUGCGAAAAAUACCAAAUUUAUCAAUUUAUUGCCGUGGCCGCUCAGGAUAUCUCGACUGCGUUAAGAUAAAAUAAUGAUUGUAAAAUAUUUUCAAUGAUUCAAUGCCGUUCAUGUCGGCAGUAUUUAGUUGUGCCCCAAAGUGCUGUCUUUCAUAAAACAGAAUCAGUCAAUCAAUAAGAAAAUAUAAUAUCGAAAAUUGUUUUGAUCAAAAUGUGGACAGCGGCGCUAGAAUGUGUGUGCCAUAUUUCAUAUUAAUAUAAACACUAAAAAAAACAAAAUGUAGGGAAUAGCGAUAUUUGAAUAUUAAAUUUGAAUUGAAAAUCAUUGACUGUAAUAGAUGCAUGCUGUGUGUUACGAUUUGUAGAAACGGCGUAUACGAAUUUUUAUAAAAUCGCCCCCAUGUCGAGCGAUAGGUCGCUUAAAAAGGAAAAAGUUGCGACCUAUAGCCUCUAUAGGCGAGUAUAUACGGUAAUCAUUUCAGAUACACUGAUAUUCACAAUAUGCUUUCUGCUUAAAGUGUAUAGAUUGUUAAUGCAUAUUGCAAAUGUAUUUACUUGUCUAAUCCAAAUGAAACAGUAUUGAAUCUGAGAUGAGCAAAUAUCUAUGAUCCAGAGUGUUACAUAGUCAAUUUUAAUAUUUUGUGUCCUGGCUCUUGUGUGCUUGUAUUUUAUAUAUGAAAAUCAGAGUUUCAUCGUAUACACAAAAAUGUUUUCAGUAGACGUUGCAGAACUGCUUUUAAGACUUUGUGUAUUCUAUUUUUCUUUCUGUUGAGGGUCAGCUCAUUGUACCUAAUCAUGAUGGUAUCAUAGAAUAUGCCUCCACCUCAACCAGGGUGUAUUAAAUUGGGUAAGCUUCAAGUCGAAUCGAAAAGAUUCCCUUCCUCCUAGUACAUAGUAUCCUUGUAUAUAUCAAUGAAUUGUCUAGAGAUUGUUUAUAGGAAAGGUUGGAAUCACCUCAUAGAAAAGGUACACAGGUGCCAACCCAUAUUAAACUGCAAAUAAAAAUGAAAUGAAUUCGUAGGUAUGAUAUAAAUACCAUUUUUUAUUGUUCGUGAGCAGCGAUUGUUUUGAGAAAAUUGUUGCUUUUUUGCAAAUUUGAAUGUGAUUCAUACAUAAAAGUCUUCACCUGGGAUUUGUUGAUUGUUUCUGGAUUUUGGACAGUUGAAUUUGGCUUGCUGAAUGUCUGCUGCACCAUUAACAACUAAAGAAUUGGCUCGCAAGCUUGGAUCAGUGAAGACUACUUCGAACUUGAAAAUUUCGACCAGUUCACCUUCUAAGCAAGGACAACCACUGAGCUAUCUUGUUGUUCUUGACUUUGAAGCCACCUGCUGGGAUUCUACAACAAAGGCUCCUGGGAAGCAUGAAAUAAUUGAAUUUCCUGCUGUAAUUUUGGAUGUAGAAAGUGGAAAACUUGUUGCAGAGUUUCAACAAUACGUUCGACCUACGGAAAAUCCUGUUUUAUCCGAUUUUUGCACAGGACUUACAGGGAUUACAAAGGAACAAGUUCAAUCGUCCAAAACUAUUCAUCACUGCCUUCGAGAUUUUGAUCGUUGGAUGAAAGAAUCGUUUAAGAAAUUUGAAUCGUGCGAAUUCUAUGACCACGCCAAUUUUAAACAUCGGACGUCUGUGCAAAAUGGUUGCAGCAUGUCUACCAAAUUGGCAGCAUUUGUGACAUGGUCAGACUGGGAUCUCGGGCAAUGCUUGCAAAAUGAAUGUGUCCGAAAAAAAAUUUUGAAACCUCGUGAAUUGAAUAGCUGGAUUGAUCUGAGGCAUUUUUAUCGGAAUUUUUACAAACGAAAUCCCAGCAAUCUGCAAGACGCGCUGGAAAAUGUGGGAUUGAAGUUUGAAGGUCGUGCUCAUUCAGGUAUUGUCGAUGCUCAAAACACCGCAAGAUUAGCAGCAGUUAUGAUGAAAGAUGGCUGUGUUUUAAGAAUUACACGAAAUAUUCAAAGCGAUGGUAGAAGAGUUCAUUCUGUGCCACCACCAUCGUCGAUGAGUGCUAUAUUAGAUAGAAUGAGAAAUACCGAAGAAAAAGGAAAAAGGAAACACGUGGAAUCAGAAGCCAUUGAUCCAAAAAAGUUUCGGAAUGGGCAGCUUAAGGGUAGUUAAUUAUUGGACCUCCAUGUCCAUAUACUUCAGCAUUGAUCUCUGUUUAUAUGUAGUAUUGAGCUUCACCCGCACUAUUCCACCACUGUGUUUUAUGGGGAGAUGAUUGUCUAAAACUGGUUCCAAAUUCCGCAAGUUUCAUCCGAAAGCGAGUUCAAUAAUUUUCAUCUCAAUUCAUUUAACUGUGUUCAUCGUGUCAUAUGAUAUUCAUAUGUCAUAUGACAAAUAUCCGGUUUCAUAUGUAAAUUUAUAGUAUAAAUAUCCAGUCUCGAAUGACAUGUUCUUCGUAAAUAAAAUGAUAAUGUGCAAAAGCC